AUGCCACCUACGCAGCCUAGCCGAAAUCCGCUGGUGAACGAAGUUGCAAUGGAAAGCGAUGAGCAAAACAUGGAUCGACUCUCAUUAGACGAAGACUUUAGUCCUAGCCCAGAAGCUAUGGGUGAUGCUUUGCCUAUAGAAGAAUUUGGAUUGGAACAGCCAAGCCACCAUGAAGAAACAGAAACUAUGCAACAAGCGGAAACAGAAGCACCAGCGAUGCCGAAGAUGAAUAUUGAG